AUGGGAGAUUCCCAGGCUGUAAAAGCUAAAGGUCAAUAUAACCAAUGGUUGGAACAUGAAAGCAAGAUGUUAGUCCAGCUGCUAGUGGAUGCAAUCAAUCAGGGUUUUCGUGAUGGUAAUGGAAAAUUCAGCAAAUUGACCAUCGAGACAAGAGUAUUACCAACUCUAAACCAAAAUCUUGGAAUUAACAAAACCUAUAAGGAGUUCAAAAAUAGGUUAAAGAUCUUGAAGAAUAAGUACCUAGGGUUGUCAGAUCAUCUUCGUUUUAGUUCUGGUUUUGGAUGGGACCCUGAAACAAAGAAAUUCACUGCUCCGGAUGAAGUAUGGGCUGACUAUUUGAAGGCUCAUCCUAGUAGGACAAAUCUGCGUGAUGACUCAUUUGAAGAUUUUGGAGAUUUGCAACUGAUUUUUGAAUCAACUACUGCUACUGGAAGGAAUGCUGUGGGAUUAGGCGAUGCCAUUGAUGCAAAUACAUAUCAAGUUGGAGAGAAUGAAGGGACAAAUAAUUCAAGUCAUGUCCAAAUAAUGGAAGAUGAGGAAAUAACAUAUGAAGAAACAUCUGUUCAUGAA